AAAAUAAAAUCUUAUCAAAUUCUAUAGUUCUAGCACUUUGUAUAGCGGCGUAAACGCAAAAUCAAGAACCUUCGAUUGUCGGUUGCGGUGGCCAUGGCUUCGAAGCUAAUGAAUGCGGUUCUGUAUGAAGCCUAUGGCGGUGGAUCAGCUGCUCUCAAGCAUGUGACAGUUCCCGUUCCUAGACCCAACUCUGAUGAGGUUUUGGUAAAAGUGGAAGCAGUUAGUUUGAAUCCAAUUGAUUGGAAAAUUCAGAAGGGACUGAUACGUCCCUUUCUUCCUCGCAAGUUCCCUCAUAUUCCUGGUACUGAUAUUGCUGGAGAAGUCAUAGAGGUUGGAGCAGGAGUCAAAAGCUUAAAAGCUGGGGACAAAGUUGUAACUUUUGGUAGCCAUGCUACUGGAGGUGGACUAGCUGAAUAUGCUGUAGGAAAGGAGUCGAAGACAGUUUAUAGGCCUCCCGAAGUAACAGCAGCUGAUGGUGCUUCUCUACCUGUCGCAGCUUUGACAGCUCACCAGGCUCUCACCCAAGCUGCUGGGAUCAAACUUGAUGGAAGUGGCCCUCAAGCAAACAUUCUCAUCACUGCUGCAUCUGGCGGUGUUGGACAUUACGCUGUUCAGCUAGCAAAGUUGGGAAACACACAUGUGACAGCUACUUGCGGUGCCCGUAAUAUCGAGUUUGUGAAAAGCUUGGGAGCAGACGAGGUUAUUGACUACAAAACACCAGAAGGGGCAGCCUUGAAGAGCCCAUCAGGUAAGAAGUAUGAUGCAGUGGUUCAUUGUGCAACAGGGAUCCCAUGGUCUGUAUUUGAACCAAACUUGAGUCCUAAUGGUAAAGUAAUAGACAUUACUCCAAACCCUUCUACCAUGAUAUCUUCUGCCUUUAAGAAACUUACCUUCUCCAAGAAGCAGCUGGUACCAUUGUUGAUGUCUUUCAAGAGUGAGAAUCUGUGCUAUCUUGUGAAUUUGAUCAAGGAACGGAAGCUGAAGACCGUGAUCGAUUCACGGUAUCCUCUCAGCAAUGCUGAGGAUGCUUGGGCAAAAAGCAUGGAUGGCCAUGCCACUGGUAAAAUCGUCGUGGAGCCGUAGGUGAACACGAUGUCCUUUAAGCUUUUCUUGGCUUGUGAAUUGUGUGGCAUGUUAUUGAAUCAUACAGCAUGAUAGUUGUGAAUUAUGUAUUUCUAAAUGUAUUAUUAACUACUAGAGAUUAUCCUUUUUUUUUUGUCCAUCAUAUUUUAAUGUUUACAAGUCCUGUACGUACUGAAUCUUUUUCAUGUAAGUUCUUAUGAACACAAAAUCUUAAAAGAAUGAAGGUAGAAGAUGUAUAAAUUUGUGGAAA